GAGCUUUGUCAGUAACUGUUGAUUGUAAUGUCAGUGCCGUCCAAUUUACAGGCUGGAGCAGCAGCUGCAUCCUGCAUUUCCCUGAAGUAUUACAUGAUUUCCACUUCUUGCAAACUUUAUCAUCUUUGUUGCAGUGAGUCGGAAACCAAUAUGCAAAGCCGGAGUACAGUCAUAUACAUCAGAUUUAUCUUGCAGUUCCUUCUGCUCUGGGUACUCUUUGAGAAGUCACACGCUGAAGAAGACAUUAUAAUUACCACCAAGAAUGGAAAAGUCAGGGGGAUGCGCUUGCCAGUACUUGGUGGCACAGUAACAGCCUUUCUUGGAAUCCCAUAUGCACAGCCACCUCUUGGUAGACUACGAUUCAAAAAGCCACAAUCCUUGACCAAGUGGCCUGAUAUUUGGAAUGCUACAAAAUAUUCUAAUUCUUGUUAUCAGAACACAGAUCAAAGUUUCCCAGGCUUCCUUGGAUCAGAGAUGUGGAACCCAAACACUGACCUCAGUGAAGACUGUUUAUAUCUGAAUGUGUGGAUUCCAACACCUAAACCAAAAAAUGCUACUGUAAUGAUAUGGAUCUACGGUGGUGGUUUUCAGACUGGAACAUCAUCUUUGCAUGUUUAUGAUGGCAAGUUUCUGGCACGGGUUGAAAGAGUUAUUGUGGUUUCAAUGAACUAUAGAGUAGGUGCCCUUGGAUUCUUAGCUUUACCGGGAAAUCCUGAAGCACCAGGGAAUGUGGGUCUCUUUGAUCAACAGUUAGCUCUUCAGUGGGUUCAAGAAAAUAUAGCAGCCUUUGGUGGAAAUCCUAAAAGUGUAACUCUCUUUGGAGAAAGCGCAGGAGCAGUUUCAGUUAGCCUUCAUUUACUUUCUCCUAAAAGUUACCCAUUGUUUACCAGAGCUAUUCUGCAAAGUGGAUCCUCUAAUGCUCCUUGGGCAGUGACAUCUCUUUAUGAAGCUAGGAACAGAACAUUGACGUUAGCAAAAUUUAUUGGUUGUUCUAGAGAAAAUGACACCGAGAUAAUCAAAUGUCUUCGACAUAAAGAUCCCCAGGAGAUUCUUCUUCAUGAAGUGUUUGUUGUCCCCUAUGGUACGCUCUUAUCAGUAAAUUUUGGUCCCACUGUAGAUGGUGAUUUUCUCACUGAUAUGCCAGACACACUACUCCAACUUGGACAGUUCAAAAAAACCCAGAUCUUGGUGGGUGUUAAUAAAGAUGAAGGGACAGCAUUUUUAGUAUAUGGUGCUCCUGGCUUCAGCAAAGAUAACAACAGUAUUAUAACUAGAAAAGAAUUUCAAGAAGGUUUAAAAAUAUUUUUUCCAGGAGUGAGUGAGCUUGGAAAGGAAUCGAUCCUUUUCCACUACAUGGACUGGUUAGAAGAUCAGAGAGCUGAAAACUACCGUGAGGCCUUGGAUGAUGUUGUUGGGGAUUAUAAUAUCAUAUGUCCUGCUUUGGAGUUCACCAAAAAGUUCUCAGAUAUGGGAAACAAUGCCUUUUUCUACUAUUUCGAGCACCGAUCCUCCAAACUCCCUUGGCCAGAAUGGAUGGGAGUGAUGCAUGGUUAUGAGAUUGAAUUUGUCUUUGGUUUACCACUGGAAAGAAGAGUUAAUUACACAAAAGCUGAGGAAAUUUUUAGUAGAUCCAUUAUGAAACGCUGGGCAAAUUUUGCAAAAUAUGGAAAUCCGAAUGGGACCCAGAACAAUAGUACAAGAUGGCCUGUUUUCAAAAGCAAUGAACAAAAAUAUUUCACCUUAAAUACCGAGUCACCAAAAGUAAAUACCAAACUACGUGCUCAACAAUGCCGAUUCUGGACACUAUUUUUUCCCAAAGUUUUGGAAAUUACAGGAAAUAUUGAUGAAGCAGAACGAGAAUGGAAAGCAGGAUUCCAUCGCUGGAACAAUUACAUGAUGGAUUGGAAAAAUCAAUUUAACGAUUACACUAGCAAGAAAGAAAGCUGUGCAGGUCUCUAAUUAAUAGAUUUACCUUUUAUAGAAUGUUCAUUUUCCUGUAGAUCAAGGCAAAACUAUCAUUGGCUCUCUUACACUUCUGGUAAGAAAGCUAUUAUGUAUAAAACAAAAAUGCCAAAAGGAUAAAAUCAAUUCCUCUCUUCUUUCACUUAGUAUUGUACCUAGCAUUUCAAAACCCAAAUGGCUAGAACUAGUUUAAUUAAAUUUCACAUUAUAAAGUAUGACAAUUAAUUAUAUGCAUAUUAAAAUGAUUUGCAGCUUCAAAUUCUCUCUUUCCUGAAUAACUUUAAGAAAAAUUUUUCCCUAAAACAUAUCUGAGUUCUGUUUCCAAUCUCCAAUUUAUUUUUAUUACCACUGAUAAAAUAUAUUUUUUAAAAAUGGAUGGGAGGUCUUGAAACAUUACAUACUGUGAUUUACAAUAUUAUUUCCUUUUAACUAAUUUAUGCAUUUAAUGUUAACAUGAUACAUUAAAACAAACAAAGUAAUUGG